GAACGAGCUGUACGUUCUCUUACCCAAUGAUAUCCUGGAGAGGGCUGAUAGCCAUGGUGGUGGCUAUAGUGGUGCGCCCCCGGCGUCGUGGAACCUUGAGAUCUUGAGUGGCCGUAUAUGAACGCCUGCUUAGUGCCAUGUGUUGAACCGACGUGCAGAGGAUACGAACACGGAAGCUCCUCCCGUUGACGCAGAGCCUCAAAAAUAGGCCUCAGCUGCUCCAUAAACUCUUCAGCUAAACGCACCAAUACAAAACCGGGAGGCUUAUUAAGGAAGGAACCGUACAAAACGAAACAGUUCGUUUUUGUCUUCAUAGUGCCAAUCGUUUGUUUUCCGGGACGCGUUUGUUUACGACGAAUUUUCACGUUGUUGUUACUAUUAGUCCACACGUUUAGUCGAACGCGAGUGAAUUUUGUUGAUGCGGGUAUGAUUGGGGACGAGCGGGAUGGGUGAACGAAAAUACAUUACCAAAACAUCCAUAGGCGUAGACGUGCCACCUCUCCAAUGCAGUGGGUCCAAUGAAAUACACUAACAAACAACACCAAAACACUACACGAGCCUGUGCAUCAAUGCAUAGCUUGAACACUAAUGCAAUACGACCAAUCUCUACGAGCUCAACACAUGCUGCACUCACGACACUGCACCUUGCAUAUGGAUGUACACAAAUCCAUGUGCAAAGUUCAAUAAGAAAACAAAGCGAAAAAAAGGUAUUCCCAAACCGAUUGCUCCCUCCAAUAACUACUGUGCGAGUUUUUUACUUGUGCGAAAUUAUAACUAAGUUCUAUCCUGUAGGAGAGAAGAUUGAUUUAAGUAUAGCGGUUUGAGUACUUACCUUCAUGAUAGGUCCAGUG